AUGGCUUCUCUACUAUACCCUGAUGAGACACUACUACCCACAGAUGAAUUCUCGGAACGCAUGUACUUGAGCAAAAAGCUCGAGAUUUACGACGGUCAGAAUCAAGUUGACCCACUGGCGAGUUUCUCCGACUCUACAGCUGUUAUUGGUGCAGAACCGGACCUCCUCACAAAUGAUGAGAUCUCUAGCCCCAGAAGACAGCCUAGCAAUUGGAAACCACUCCGCAUCCUUGCCGGUGCACACCAAGGAUGGGUUAGGAGCGUUGCUGUGGAUCCAGGGACCAAUCUGUGGUUCGUUCUGGGUCUGACAGACGCCCAGAUCAAGGUUUGGGAUCUAGCAUCAGGGGACGUUCGAGCAACCAUUUCGGGCCAUAUCAUGGCAGUGCGCUCGCUUGUAGUAUCGAAAAAAUACCCCUAUUUAUUUUCAGGGUCUGAAGAUAAGACCUUGAGAUGUUGGGAUUUGGAAAAGACAAACUCAACGUCUGGAUGUCAAAUCCGAAGUUAUCAUGGUCAUGUUGGAGGUGUGUAUGCUUUAGCCCUCCAUCCAGAGCUCGACGUGUUGUUCAGUUCGGGUCGAGAUUCGGCUGUUCGAGUCUGGGACGUGAGGUCUCGAGUUCAAGCAAUGGCAUUGACAGGGCAUUCAGGCGAUGUCACAGCAUUGUUUGCGCAAACGGGCGAUCCCCAGGUGGUCCUGGCUGGAAUGGAUGGAACGAUUCGUCUUUGGGAUCUUCGUAAUCAGAAAUGUGCGCUCACCCUAGCUCAACAUUCGAAGGGUAUUCGUCUGCUAGUGAAGCACCCACACGAACUGACCAUGGUAUCUGCAGACGCCACGGGAACAAUAAAUCAGUGGGUGUUGCCUGGAGGUCAACUCCUCAAUAGACUUGUGACUCCAGAGAGCGCUCAGCAUGACACUAAUAUAAUCAACACUCUCGCGAUCAACCCAGACACCAAUGACCUUUUUGCUGGCUACGGCGAUGGUCGCAUGAACUUUUACGACUAUGAAUCUGGGGAAGUGAUGCAACAAACAAAAACAAAGCCUACGGAGGGCACCCCAUCAUCAACCAUCUACGCCUCGACGUUUGACAUGCUGGGCAUGCGUUUAAUUACGUGCGAGAACGAUAAAAGCAUCAAAAUUUGGUCCCAAGAACAUCAUUAA